UUGAAUACAUAAUAUUGGUAAUAUUUAAUUGUAUUAAAUUUCUGUAAAGUUGUAUUAAUCAUAAAAUGUCAUUACCUUCUGUUUUUACUGGACCAAUAUGGACAGAAUUAACAAAAAAUACUUGUAUUUCUGCAGCUCUACAUCAAGGUGAUGUUAGUUUUUCAGAUUUUUCACGAGGAAAACAAUGUUUAACAAAUUCAGUUAUAUUUCUGUGUUAUACAAUGAAUAAAAUAAAAACGAAUUAUGGUAUACAAAGUAUUGAUCUAAAUAAUAUUUUGAAGCAAGGAGACAGUCUUUACCUAAAUGUUCGAGAUAAUGAUAUAAAUACAGAUUAUUUAUUGCCAAAUGAUUUGCCAACUCAUGUAAUUUGUUCUGGGAAAAAAAAUAUGCUCAAGAUUACUGACAUAGGAAUUGGUAAUUUAUUGCAAUUAGAAAAUGAUGUCAAUUUAUUCAGUACCAAAUCAAUUGAACAUGCUUUUGAUGAUGCAUUUAAGCUGUCUCCAACAUGUCUUUUAUGUAUAAAAGAUAGUUUUGUUGCAAUAUUCAAAUUUGAUAAUUUUCUUCUUCUUUUUGAUUCACAUAGUAGAGACUGUCAUGGUUUUUUGACCAGUGAAGGAACUGCUGUGGUCAUAAAAUUUGUGUUUGUUUCAGAUUUGUACAUUUUUUUAAAACAGUACAGUAGAUAUUUAACAGAUUCUAAUGAAGUUCGAUUUGAAUUAACAUCUUUAAACAUUGAAGUUAUUGACAUUGAUAGUAUAAAUGGAUUUAGUACAAAAAAUAGUUUAUCUGUUUAUUCUAAAGUCAAUUAUGCACAAUUAACUCCACGUGAAAGUUGUUAUAAAAAUUUAAAGUUAAAGUGUCAUAUAUGUGGUCUACAAGCAAAAUCUUUAUUAGCUUAUGUUACUCAUUAUUCAUGCCACCGUCAUGAUGCAAACAUAUAUUUUCCUUGUGUCAACAAUUGCAACAGAAAUUUUAAAAGCUACUCUUCUUUCAAAAUACAUGUAAAAACUGCUCAUAAUAAUCAAACAGUUAGUACACUUGCUUGGUCAAAAUUUCAAGACAGUGAAAUAUUGUUUACAUGUGGCAUUACGUUAUGCAAACAAGUAUGUAAAGGAUUAAUUCAAUUUCUUAUUCACCUAAAAACUCAUAGUGACUCACAUGAUAAAAUUGUAUGUCCAUUUGUAAAAUGCAAUACAGUUCUUAAUAAUCGAAGUUCAUUAGCAUCUCACUGGACAAGAAAGCAUAAAAAUUGGGAUGCACGACAUAUAAAAUCAAUAUAUUUAACAUUCAUUCCAGAUAUCCCAGAUAGUGUUAAUAAUGACAACCAUGCAGCAAUUUUAGAAAAUUACAGUCCACCUGAGUUGUGCCCUAGAGAAAGUUUAAAUAAAGGUAAAAGCAUUACAUUGGAAGACUAUGUGCAAUGUCAAGCAAUGUUUUUUUUAAAAUUACAAGUGAAACACAUUCUACCAGUAUCGUGCAUUCAAAGCAUUGCAGAUGAGCUUGAAGUUGCUAAUAACUACAGUACUGAGUAUUUGUUGCAUACUCUAUCAUCUGCAACGUCAAGUCUUCCUAUCAAUGUUAGAGAUGAUGUUCUUAAAGAAUUAAUCAAUAUUGAACAUAAAAAAAAAAGUUCUUUGCAUGUUUUGCGCAGUGUAAAAAGCAGGAAAACCUUUUACCAUAAAAAUAUGGUUUACAUAAAGCCUGUUGAAUUUGCAUUAGGCUAUGAUAAUAAUAAAAAAUUUAGAACAGCCCAAUAUGUUUCAAUAAAAGAUUUGAUAUGUAUGCUGUACUCAAGACACAGCAACAAUACUGGAUUCUGGCUGAAACACAGUAGUACUUCAGGUGUAUUUACAGACAUUUCUAGUGGAUCACUAAUGCAAUCAAUUGCAAUAUCUAGUGAAAAGAUAAUAUACCUCAUGUUGUUCCAAGAUUCCUUUGAAGUUACAAAUCCUAUUGGUUCAGGAAAGAAAAAACAUAAAACACUAGCUGUUUAUCUGACAUUAGCAAAUAUUCCGUCCCAAAAACGAUACACAUCCGAUCAACUACAAUUAGUGCUUAUGUGUCGAGAUGUUGAUUUUAAGUUUUUUGGCUUAAAGAAGGUGUUUGCUCCUUUAUUGUCUAAUUUACAGGAAAUUUCAAUGUCUGGUGUUGCUUUUUCUGACACCUUGACAUUAACAAUAAAGCUUCUAUGUAUACUGGGUGAUAAUCUUGGAUCACAUGCUAUUGGAGGUUUUUGUGAAAAUUUCAGUACAGCUCAAUACUUUUGUCGAUACUGCUUAGUGACACGUAUCGAAUUUGAUACAAAUCCUCACUUUUGUGGCCCUGAAAGAACAAAAGAAAUACAUAAUAGAAGCUUGCUUGAACUAGCAAACUGUGGUUUAAACAACUUUGAAGGCGUCAAAUUUCAGUCACCUUUUAAUGAUAUUAGUGAUUUUCAUGUCUCCACUGGUUUGCCACCAUGUCUAGCUCAUGACUGUUUUGAAGGAUUAGUAUCACAAGAUAUGUAUCUUUUUAUUAAGUAUUUUGUUACUAAGCGAUGGUUUUCUUAUAACAACCUAAAUAGAAGAAUAAAUCUACUUAAGUAUUUAGAAAAUGAUGCACAAGACAAACCAUGUGAAGUUAACAAAAUAUCGUGCACAAAGAAGCUAAGUGGCCAUGCAGUACAAAACUGGGUGUUUUUGCGUUUGUUUUCCAUAAUUAUUGGAUCAUAUGUAACUAAUUAUGAGGACUCUGUGUGGUUACUGUAUCUUAAAUUAAAACAAAUUAUGGAGUUGGUUUGUUCACCAAAGAUUGAUCUUGCACAUAUUGCAUACCUAAAGACACUAAUACACGAGUAUUUGUCUGGACGAAAGGAACUGUUUCCUGAUAAUAAACUUUUACCUAAACAUCACUAUUUGUGUCAUUACCCACAGCUUAUACUACGAUAUGGCCCUCUCAUACGUGUGUUUACACUGCGAUUUGAGAGCAAGCAUUCUUAUUUUAAACGAUGUGCUCGAAAUUACCAUAAUUAUAAACACUUAUGCAAAACAUUGACUAGCACCCAUCAAUUGCUGCAAGCAUACAACAAUUCAAGCAUUACAACCCAGGACUAUUUUUCUAUUGAUUCCUUCUUGUUUAAUGGAACAAAUUUCAAUUCUUUAAUAAACAGUUUAAUAUUAAAUACAUGUGGUCAGUUUCCGCAUGAUGUUUCAACGCAUGUUGUUUUUCGUGGCACACAUUACAAGAAAAAUCUCUUUUUAUUGUGUGAUGGAAUUUAUUAAAACCAGCAUCAUUAGAAUCCUGCCAUCUAUAGAUGCAACUUUAUUAGAGCAACUUGCAACUAGUUUGGAGCUGGAUGUUGGAGUGGAGACUCAAGCAGAUCUUCAUUUAGUUACAUUUGAAGACUUGUUUGGCCUAAAACCAAUACAAAA